CUUCCAUUGAGUGCAAGACCAAUUUUUUUUAAUGAAUUUGGUCACGAACUCCUCAAUUGCGUGCACCUACUAAGCACUUUCCUCCAUCUUCAAACUUUCAAUUUAUAUAUAUUUCCCUUAACCUUUCAUGAUUCUUCAUCAAAACCAAAACAAAUACUUCAACUCUGUUUUUUUUCUGCAUGCAACAGUAUCACUCGCCUUUUACAACAACAACAAAGAGAUAUUUCUCUUCUUCUCCAUCUCAAUCAAGAAUUUUAAUUUUAAUAUGGCAGCUUCUAAUUAUUUGAAUCGAUUUCCAUUCAAGAAAUUCCCUGUAACUACUAUUCCAGUUCCCCUGCUAAUUCAUGGGGCGGUGGGAUUCUUCUUUCUGUAUAUAAUCUUUGAUUGUGUUCGAAGACUUUUUACCUUUUUGUCCUUUGCUGAAACCCAAGUGUGUGAAAAACACAACACUCCCAAAAAACUGAGCGAGAAAUUAGUUGAUGGAAGCUUAAACAGGGAAGAGGUGGAAAUGGUUAUGGCUAAUUUAGGUAUUUUUGCCAAUCCUGAAGGUGUGAAGAUUCAGGAGAGGUUGGAUUCUAAUGACAUUUUUGAACUUUUCGGAGAGGAAUUAGAAGCUAAAGAGCAAGAAGUAAGAGAAGCUUUUGAUGUGUUUGACGAGAACAAAGAUGGAUUUAUUGAUGAAAGGGAUUUGCAGAGAGUUCUGUGUGCUCUGGGAUUAAAGGGAGUUGCAGAAUUGGAUAAUUGCAAGAAGAUGACCAUGGCCUUUGAUGAAAAUGGAGAUGGAAGAAUCGAUUUCCAGGAAUUUGUCAAAAUGUUGUAACAACAAUCAUUGGAUGAACACAAACAUUUUGUAACAUUCUUUAAUUUGUUCGAUUUACUCUUACUUUGAUAUAAUUUUUAAAUAUCUCUUAUACUUAUUCAUAAUUUUAUCUUUUA